AUGUCUAAGGGACACUGCGUCAAGUGUAAAAGUGGAUUUAAGAAUACGAAAGAAACUGUGGUGAAAUGUUGUUUUUGUGAUGGUUCCGUUCAUACUAAAUGUCUUGAGUAUGAUGAUGAAAUGUUACGAAUUAUUAACAGUGGUAAAAAUGUAAAGUAUUUUUGUGAUAAUUGCUUGUUGUAUUCGGACAAUUUGAAAUCUCUCAGCAUAUUGAUUGAGAAACAGGAUGACUGCAAUAGGCAGUUGAAACAAAUUAUGGAUAGCAGUGAUGAAAUCAGGAGUGAGUUGAAACAGUUUAAGACUUCUGUUGAUCAAAAUUAUGAUAAAUUGGAUCUUAUUAAAGCAGAUGUUGACUCAUUACUUGAUAAAUCUACUGCUAAUGUUAAAAGUGAGUUUGAUAAAUCAAUAAAUGUUGUCAAGAAAGAGUUUAGUUCAUUGUGGACCGAUGUUGUGAAAAAUAAAUUGGAAGUAGUAACUAAUGAAGUUAAAUCUGUUAAACACACGUUAGAUGUAUCCAAUGAUAGCAAAGAACGGGAGAAUAACAUGGUUAUAUUCAAUUUGAAGGAAUCUGAAAAUGCUGGCAAGGAUAGAGAUGUUGUCAUGUUUAUUUUGAUGUCAAUGACAGAGAACAAACUUAAUGAUGCUGAUAUUCUGGUAAUAACUCGUCAGGGACAUAGACGUGACGGAGUUUUGAGGCCUGUCAUCAUCAAAUUCAGUAAUGCUGUAUCGAAAAUGUUGACGCUGAAGACAUCCUUCAGAAUUCAAAAUUGUUUGCCAUUGAGAUAUUUGACUCAGUGCGAGUUGGAACUACUGAGCCAUCUCGCCGGCCAAUCAUGCGACAACUUACGUCGUCUCUCCAUUUACCGACCUCGGAAGAGUGGACAGCUGGGUUGGCCGAGGGUCGGCUACCCGGAUGAACCUGCAAAAACUACAGGAUUCGAAACCGGGUCGUGGGAUUAG